UCUUCGUCUGUUUUCGACAGUUUUAGUUUUGCGCAUGUCUGCUUCUUCACUGAGGGUUUUUAUCUGGCUAGUGAUUUCACUGUCACGGCAAAUAUAAUAAUAUCACCAGCUUUUGCUAAUGUGAGGUCUGCCUCUUGUCAUCUCGUGUUCCACAAAGUUCUAUCUCUAACUAAAGAGUCACGCAGCUCUCCGAACUCACGGUCUUUUGUCUUAUUCUUUAGCUUCAUAAUAGCCUAGGACAGGUAGAGGUAUCAUGUUCUCCGUUGAGCUCUCGUGAAAAAAACAUGAGGAGGGUUCUUUCGGUUCGCAACACCAACACACAAACUUUUGCUUAAGUACAGCAAUCAGUGUUAUCUUUUUCAUCGUCCUGAAAUUCGACGAAAGUACUGCAAACUUAGCUUCCUCACCCACGACGUGCAAAAAUUUGGCACAAAUCAUAAUGAUUGCACUUGUUGUUUCUCCGACUUCUCAGCCGCGAUGCCGCUCGCGGCUUGCAGUCAGGUGACAGGUAGGAACAGGUCGAAUUUUUGUAACAAACAAAGAGCUUCCAGUUUUCUGCGAGAUUCCCUCGGAGACACAAGCUUGAUGGUGGUUGUAGUUAUGCCAUGUAGCAGACUCAAUUACAACUUCUGACACCAUGUAACGUUUGUAGUUUUACUGAGUCAUGCAAUAACUAAACGUCGUUUCUUUCAUUCCGCUACCACGCACACACAGCCACCACCUCCUACAUCGUGCUCACGUAUAUCACACGUCACGUACGUUUUUCACGCAUUCUAAUAGAGUACAUUACAGCAGCCGGGAUACUAGGCGUCAACAGCAUUCGCGCCACAGACGAGCUCGCGCACACGGAUCUCCGCAUCAUGGACGUGCUGUUGCUCGCGCUUGCGGUCAUCGUGCCUCUUUACGGCGUCAUGUACCUGGUGUGUCGGAGAGGCGCCCAGUGCGAAAGCAAGAGUACGCUCUACGGCAAGACAGUCAUCGUCACAGGAGGCAACGCUGGAAUUGGAAAGGCCACGGCGUUGGACUUGGCACGCAGGGGCGCAAGGGUCAUCCUGGCCUGCCGCAAUAAGCAGCGGGCCGAGGCAGCUGUCUGUGACAUCAUAAAGGAGAGCGGGAACAACCAGGUGGUGUACAUGCAGCUGGACCUGGCAAGCUUGCAGUCGGUGCGCUCGUUCGCCGAGACCUUCCUGAAGCAGGAAUCGCGGCUGGACAUACUCAUCAACAACGCAGCACUUAUGCUUCAGGGGAGAACUGAGGAUGGCCUUGGAAUGAUAUUUGGUGUCAAUCACAUUGGCCACUUCCUGUUAACCCACCUGCUACUGGAGCGACUGAAGGAGUGUGCCCCCAGUCGUGUAAUCAAUGUGUCAUCCAUGGCCUAUAAAUGGGGACAUAUUGAUUUCAACAGUGUGGAGACCCACAAAACCCUCAGAACCAGCAAUUCUUUUAUGCAGUUGUUCAAGGCCUACUGUGACACCAAGCUAUGCAACAUCCUCUUCACUUGUGAGCUGGCCAAGAUGUUGCAAGGAACUGGGGUCACCUGUUACAGCGUUCACCCUGGAGCAGUCCACACGGAGUUCACACGUAACUUCCCCACCAUCGCCAAGAUCUUGACUCGUCCGAUGACUUUUCUGUUCUUCAAGGACCCAAUGGCUGGAGCACAGACCACGUUGCAUUGUGCCUUGCAGGAAGGCAUCGAGCCCCUGAGCGGUCGCUAUUUCGAGAACUGUGCUGUGAUGGAUGUGAAUGCCGAGGCACGGGAUGAUGCCACGGCCAAGAAGCUGUGGGAGAUCAGCGAGAGGUUCUGUGGCCUUUCUUGAGGCCUUAGAGAGACUAGCUGGGUAUCCUCUUUGGAGCUGAGAGAGGCCAGCAGGGAGGUGGAGACAACAACUCUAUGUUAGAUUUACUUAAAUUGUCUUUUUAAAUCUAAUCCUCCUUGUAUUGAUGAAUUCAGUGGAAUAAUUGGUAAUUUGUUUUAAAAUAAUUUGGACCAGCCCUGGGGGGUGCAGUGAUGCAGCAGGCUUUGCUGG